AUGAUUGGUAGGAUCGAACCAAAGGCUUCAAAUGGACAUCAUUUCAUUAUAGUGGCCAUUGAUUAUUUCACCAAAUGGGUCAAAGCAGCAUCUUAUGCCAAUGUGACCAAACAAGUAGUAGUCCGGUUUAUCAAGAAUCAGAUCAUCUAUUGCUAUGUUGUUCAUAACAAGAUCAUCACGGACAAUGGAACAAAUUUGACUGACUUGUGUCAUGGACAGUUAUAUCAAAAGAGGAUGAAACAAGCAUUCGGCAAGAAGGUUCGCCCCCGCGAAUUCAUGGAAGGAGACCUCGUGCUCAAAAAGAUCUUAUCUUUUCAACCGGACUCCAGGGGCAAGUGGACGCCUAAUUAUGAAGGCGCGUAUGUCGUUAAGAGAGCCUUUUCCGGUGGUGCAUUGACUCUUGCAACUAUGGAUGGUGACGAAAUUCCCCGUCCCGUGAACACCGAUGCAGUCAAGAAAUAG